CACACACUAAUGGCGAAAAAGGGUAAUUUACAGACAAAAGUAUCGGCGAAGAAGAGAGAUUGGGUGCUCUGUUUUGGUUCCUUAAAGAGAUUAUAUUUAUAAAAUUGAGAUGUUUCCUCCAGUAAUAUAUACGUAUACGCGAAGGAGAUGUCGAAGACUUGGAAGGGACGAUGAUAGUUCAGUGAUGAUGACUCGUCGGAGACCCGACUCCGCUACUAUUGAGGUAAGGGAUGAGAAUCACUCGAUUGGUUUAUUUAAGGAGGAUGAUGAUGAUGAUAUAAUUCGAGAUUUGGGUUGCAUUGAUGAGUCUGAAACUAGACAUGGUUCAAGUAAUUUGCUUUCUCAAUGUCAUCGUGAUGAUGUUUGUUUCCUCGACAAGGAUAAUAAGAGCGAUAGCUUUGUUUCAUGUAGAAGAAAUUUGGAUGAUUUGUUUCUUGGGUUCGCUUAUAAGGGUGUGAGGAGUAGGAAAAGGGAUGACUUUGGAAGUGAAACUACUAGUAAUCUUGUUUCUCCUCGAAUUGCUGAUGAUGAUAGUGUUUCUGAAUCUCAUCUUCAAGUAAGAAGAGUUUCUCCAUACUUCCAGGGAUCUACUGUUUCACAACAGUCCAAAGUAGGGUGUGAUUCUCGUAGUGUUUGCUCUCAAAGUAGAAGAAGUUGUAGGAAAGGAUGCAGGAAAAUUCAAGCUAAAGUUCCAAGAGUUUCUCCAUACUUCCAGGCAUCAGCUAUUUCACAAUGUGGUUCUGACAUUGUUUCAUCUCAAAGUGUAAGUAGGAGAGAAAGUAGCAAACUUCAAGCUAAGGUUCGAAGAGUUUCGCGUUAUUUCCAGGCGUCAGCUGAUUCAGAACAGCCAAGAGGUUUGCGUAGGUAUUUUAAGGUUGUGAAAGUUUCAAGAUAUUUCCAUGAUGUUGUGCCUGCGGAUGGAAUUGAAAUCGAUGAUUCACAAAAGGAGAAAUCAAGAAGGGUGAGGAAAACUCCGGUUGUGAGCCCUUUACUCUCCCUUUCUCAAAAGACCGAUGAGGCAUACCUGCGGAAAACGCCUGAUAAGACAUGGGUGCCUCCACGAUCUCCAUGUAAUCUACUUCAAGAAGAUCAUUGGCAUGAUCCAUGGCGGGUGCUGGUCAUAUGUAUGCUUCUCAACAAAACAUCUGGUGCACAGACGCGGGGAGUGAUAUCAGACUUGUUCGCAUUGUGUCCUGAUGCAAAGACUGCAAUAGAAGUUGAAGAAAAAGAGAUAGAGAGUCUGAUAAAACCUCUUGGACUACAAAAGAAGAGAGCCAAAAUGAUUCAACGGUUAUCUCUCGAGUAUCUUCAAGAGAACUGGACUCACGUCACUCAAUUGCAUGGCGUUGGAAAGUAUGCAGCGGAUGCGUAUGCGAUAUUCUGUAACGGGAAUUGGGAUCGCGUGAAGCCUAAUGAUCAUAUGCUAAACUAUUACUGGGAAUUCCUCAGGAUUCGGUAUAAAUUAUGAGUGGGAAGGUACAAGUAUAUAAUGUUGAACGAAUAGUCUUUGUUGGUAGUUUUCUUAUCUUUUGUUGUCUUUGUCACCAAUGUUUAAAAGCUGUAAAUGAAAUAUUAUCUUAUACUACUAACUACAGUAGUUUCUAUAUCUUAUAUAUUGUAAUGGGUUUUGGACCU